UGAAUAGAUUGAUUGAUCUAUUCAAUCAUUCCCUUUUGUACUGUGAAUUUGUAAAUGAACCAAUCAGUCAUCCAAUUUUUUUUUCACAUGGCAGAAAUAAAGGUAAAGGACCCCCUGACAGUUAAGUCCAGUUGCAGGCGACUCCGGGGUUGUGGCGCUCAUCUCACUUUACAGGCCGAGGGAUCCGGCUUUUGUCCGCAGACAGUUUAUCUGGGUCAUGUGGCCAGGAUGACUAAGCCACUUCUAGUGAAACCAGAGCAGCAGAUGCAAACGCUGUUUACCUUCCCACUGGAGCAGCACCUAUUUAUCUACUUGCACUUUUUUGGGGGGGGCGUGCUUUCGAACUGUUAGGUUGGCAGGAGCUGGGACCGAGCAACGGGAGCUCACCCUGUCGCUCGCAGGGAUUCGAACCGCCAACCUUCUGAUCGGGAAUCCCUGGGCUCAGUGGUUUACAGCACCACCCACAUCCCUUAUGGCAGAAAUACAUUGGCACGAAAAAGGGGGGAUUUCAAGCUGUCAAAUACAAAUUCAUGUUUACGGCAAAUACAUUUAAAAAUAAAUUAGCUUGAGAGUUAUUUCAGCAGAUGCACACACGACCAGUUUCUUUGUAAAAUACACAGUUAAAACAUUCCAAUAAAAGGUGGGCUUAAUCACACAUGUGGCAUCACACUGAGUGGAGGAACAUGCCUGUCAAAUGUAUAAUAUGCCCAGAAGAAUUUCUACAAUCCAAGAUAGUAGGUGAAAAAUGUCCACAGAGUGCUAAACUGUCCUUCCCUGAUGCCUACGUGAAGGAAGUGAGAGAACAUGACAUGCUUCUACUGGACUGAGAAAUCAAGAUAGUGAAAUAGAUGGUUUUGUCUUUAAGGUACCGCAAGACUCAUUAUUUUUGCUACAACUGAAAAGCAGCAUUCAGGGAAGGUAACAGCAUGUAAAUAUUUUUUGAUGGCUCAGCUAUGUGUACGCUAUUUGUAAAAAAAGAAGAUGCAUAUAUUUCUGUGGACAAUGAAAUGGAAGAAAUACUUGCACAAGUAAAUCAAUUGCAUCAGAAUUUAAAAUAAAGGAUGAGUAUGCAAAGGAAUGUUGGCAUGUUCACAUAUCCCUGACUGUAGUCCAGCAGCAUCAGAAGUGCUCAGAAGUUUCAACUAGAAAAAGGGAAAACAGCCCGGAGGGAGAGGAGGAAGGCAGUAGGGAGGUUGGAACUGUGCAGAUAUGCAGGCAGGAGCACCAGAUGGCAUCUACUGCACACCUGCACAGCCCCAACUUCUCUGCCAAUUUGCCCCUUUCCCUUCCCGUAAAUGGUAGCAGUGUUACUCACGAGGAGACCAGGUGUGCAGGAACUGAAAAAAGUGGCAGCAAGGAAGUUAGGUGGAGCCAGAGAAGGUGCAAACAGUAUCCCAUUUCUGAAGGAAUUUGGGAAGAGGGCUAGCUCUAUUUUGUUGUGACAUUCUCCUUGUUGGUUACUGCUAUGUAAUUUUUAUAUAUAUUGGCUGUGAUUUUUUGAUUUUUAAAAAUUAUGUUUGUCAUUUUUAAUUGCUGUUGUUGCCAACUGCUUUCAAAGCCUGCUAAGCAGAAAGCAGAAUACAAAUAUUUUCAAAACACUGAAGUAAAUAUGUAAAAUUACUAUAUUUGAGUGACACCAGGGGUACCAUCUUAAAUAAAAUAAUGAUUCACAUGGUGUGGUGCAUGCACACCAUUUGAAUGGCAAUGUCUAUUAGCUUGAGGGGUGGCUGGCCCACUCAGAAUUUUUUAUUGGGGGCAAAUAACCCUCAGCCCCCAGGAGGUGGCUCCUGUGAGUGACAUCAAGCAGAGGGUUGAAGAUUAAAUGCUUCCAGAUAAGAAAUAGAUUCUUUCUUGAUGCCAAAAGGCAUCAAGAAAGGCAUCAUACUACCAUUGCUGAAAUGAACACCAGGUUUGCCUUGUGGUGUCCCUCAGAAAAUAUAUCAUGUCUGCUUCCCACUCACUGUCACACACAAUAGUACAUAUGCAUUGAAUGCCCAUGUACAGCUAUUUUGGAACGAGGCUCAGCUAAGUUUCCCAGACCUGUAGGACCAGUUGCAUGAGUAUUUUGAAGGUGGGUGUAGGCACGGGUCUGAUGGCAGCUGUAAACCCAGUGCUUCCUUUAACAGUUUUUAGAAGUGGAAUUGGCUCCAGGUAAUGUGGGAAAGGCUAGGCUGUUGCUACAGCCAUUAGCUGCCCUAUAAGAGCGGGCCAUAUAGCUCAGCAUCAGGGCAUCUGCCUUGCAUGCCAAAGGGCCCAGAUUCAAUCCCCAGCAUCUCCAGGAAGGACUGGGAGAGACCCCUGUCUGCAACCCUGGAGAGCCACUGCCAGUCACUGUAAGCAGUACUGAGCUGGAUGGGCCCAUGCACCUGACUCCAUAUAAGGCAGAUUUUGAUGUUCCAAUGAGAUGGCACAAGAAGAAGAACACUUGCAGAUGGAAUGGACAGCCUACAGCCAGGGACUAUAAAACCUGGGCUCUGGAGGACACACUGUUCUGCAAAGAUCAGCAGCAAUGAAGGCCUUUCUCCUUUCCGUAUUCUACCUGCUCAUUGUAGGCCAUGAGACCAAAGUGUUUGAUGCCUGUGAACUGUUUUAUCUACUGAGAAGUUAUGGAAUGGACUCCUCUACAUGGACUGGUUUACAUCAAUUUGUCUGUUUGGCUACAUUUGCAAGUAACUUGACUACCAACUACUUUACAAGUGAAGGCGACCAUCCAUACUAUGGAUUAUUCCGACUGAAUGGUGCCAAAUGGUGCAGUAAUGGGAAGCAAGCCUCGAAGAACAAAUGCAGCAUUGCCUGCGAUAAGUUCCUAGAUGAGGAUAUUAAAGAUGACACCGAGUGUGUGAAGAAAAUUAUUGGAGACAAGGAGAUAGUCAAUUCAAAACAGUUCUCUGAAUGGCCACUCUAUGAGAAGCACUGUGGUGUGGAAGCAAUCACCAUAAUUGCUUUACGGUGUGUAAUGUUUUUCCCAAUGAGUGAAUGGUUCCAACAACUGCUGAAGAAAAAGAAAGAGAACCCAUUACACAUAAAGGUUCAUAAAUGAUGGUCAAUACUUCUUGUUUUCAUAUGUUUUUUUUAAAUCAGUUACAGUUGAUGAUUACAGUAGACCAAUUGUAAAAUGUUAGGUCUUUAACAGACACUGAAACAUACAUAGAAUUGAGGAUCAUCUGCAGUGCAGGUAUAUGCAGAUGUCCCAUAUAGAGAUCAAACCUGUAACUUUGGCAUUAUCAGCACCAUACUCUAACCAGCUGAGGUAUCCAGACUGAUAACUCUUGAUUCUUGGUCACUUCUUGUAUUUUUAUGUUACAAUUCUUUAUUCAUAAACUUGUCACAGAACAAUAA